AUUAAAAUGCAAAUUAGGUACUUGGGCAUAUUUGCUGAGUUGAUAACGCUAAGAAUUUUUCUUGAAGUCAAGUAGAUUCAAUGGAGAAUAUUAGUAAUUGGAAUUCAGAAUAACAUGCAUCAAUUAAAGGUUUCCGCAGCCGCACUAGCCGAACAUCACCGAAAGAGUAUUGAUUUUUUAGGUAUUAGGUAUAUUCGGAUACCUAGGCCCUGGCUUAAGUAUUGAUUUUCAUCUUACAUGGGUGACCCACGCUUAAUAGUUAGUGAAUGUGUAUAAUAAUAUAAUAGAAAAUGGAAAUAGAUUCAGAGACAGAAAAUGAAAUCUUAAGAGAUUUGGCGCGCCUCCAACUGUGUAAAGUCGAAUCAAGUGCUGACAAAAGCGUUCUCCCGGGAGAAUAUGUGGACAAUGGGCACGCCGAGUCUGCAUCAUGGACCAACCCACCUUCCCGCGAGGCCCGUGAGCUAAUAGUAGCCGAGGAGAUCUUACGCUUUGCCAGCCAUGCCACAUGUCUGAAUACUAAAGAGGUUCAGCCAGACUCUCAAUUGACAUUCGUUACGGCAAGUAAUGAGACAAAAAAAAGUGACAAAUCGGCAGAGCAUCUCACUUCCGAGGUUACAAACGGGGUUGCUACGCCUGCGGUUAAUCAAGCUACUACAAAAUCCACCCGCAUUGUCUCAGAUGCUGGAACAAGUGGCUCACAACCACUCCAAAGCGAAAACUUUGAACUGUCUCCACCUUUAAUCUUCAAUUCUCCAGAUACUUGUUUUCCGGUAAGGGGAGCUACUUUCUCAAUUGGACCUCAACUAAACUCUCGCCCGUACUGUUCUCCAGCAUUUAAGCCCAAUAUUGUACCUGUUACAAAUAGUAUACUUGCUGCUAUAGCUCAAAAUAAAUUGGAAAGACCCAUGUCAAGCACUCCGGAGACGCUUCAGCCGUCAUCCAACGCUGAUAUGAGCCAGUACUGGCCUCGUGACAGCGCCCAAUUGUUUACGUAUUUUAUUCAUUAUUUAAAAUUGAUUCAAGGCUCAGAUAUGUCUGAAUCAUCGAGUCCGGAUUCUGAAGCUCCACCUCGGAGUUUAUCACCGUCAAUACAUGACUCAAAUGAAGACAUCUCAUCAUUGAAUAAAAAUAUGUUGCUAAUCAAUAAACUUGAAGAAAUGAUAACUAAGAAUUUGCAGAAGGGAAAGGACGGGACUGGCGUGGAAACAGUGCAAGAAGGCAAUGAUAAACCGCACCCACGAAAAGUGACAACCAAUUUAAAUGUUGAUGAGAACAACAUUAAUAAAGAAGAGGUAGUCCCACAAGAAGGAACAUCAGGAUUAAAUAAUAGGAACAAAAUUCCAUUGGGUUGUGUUGAUGCAAACAAUACAUACGACAGAAAACUUACAAGAAAACAUAUUGAAAACAUUGUCAGUGUUAACAGGGGUGUGGGUGAUUCCAGUGGAAGCAUAAGUCAGUCGGAAUAUCCCGAGGAAAAUGAAUCUAGAGGUCAGUGGACAAGGCAAGAGAAACAAAGGCUUGGUAUAGUCAUAAGAGACUUUUCCCGAUCAAUAAAGACAAAGGAGUUGCAAAAGAAGAGGGCCAGAUUGUUCAAGAAAGCAAGAAUAAUAGCCCAGGCUAUUGAAAACAAAAUUUGUGACAUUGACCGAGAAAUCAUGGAUGUAAACAAAAAACCCUUGAGGCUAGUAGCACUUCCUCUAGACCAGAUUCAGGAGUAUGAUUGGGCUAAGGUGGCAAGUGUGCUCAAUGCUAAGCGAACAUCGGAAGAGUGUCGAAUGCACUGGAAAAGUUUUCUACACCCGAGUAUUAAUAACGGUGAGUGGACUUUAAUUGAAGCCAGAGCAAUGCAAAUUAUAGCCCAACGUCACAACUUCCGAAACUGGGAUGACAUUGCAGAGGAGCUUAAUACUGGGAGAAGUGGUUAUCAGUGUUACCUAUUCUUCCGUAAAAACUUGUGUCCCCAUUUACAGUUGCGGGGCCAAUACAACAAAAAGUAAUUUCGGAAUAAUUAAUUAACCUCGACCCAGGUUGAUUUUUCAGAGUUCCUCGCCGUGUCCAUCAUGUGUCUAGUGUGUAUGUAUGUUCGCAAUAAACUCAAAAACUGUGUAA